AUGGCUGGAGUUUUAUUGGAAGCUAGACCUUAUAGACCAUUUAAAUCUUCCGAAGAAUAUUUAUACGCCAUGAAAGAAGAUUUGGCAGAAUGGUUAAACAUAUUAUAUUCAGAUUUGGAAAUCACAGUGGAUAAUUUCAUGGACAAACUCGAAACCGGUGUCGUUCUUUGUAAGCAUGCGAACAGCGUGAAAAAAUCAGCCGAAGAAUACGUCGCGAGAAAACAUUUGAAAAAAAUGACAUCUUCCCAAGCAUUAACGGCAUCGAUAAUGACGAAAACGGCUCUUCCCAUAACGAAAAUGGGAGAGAUAAUAUAUAGGCUGUCGGCGAAACCGGGAACGUUUUUCGCUCGUGAUAACGUGUCGAAUUUUAUAGAUUUUUGCCGUCACGGACUCGAAAUAAUCGAAUGUCUCUUAUUCGAAACGGAUGAUCUUAUUAUGAGAAAAAAUGAGAAAAAUGUUAUUUUAUGUUUGUUGGAAGUGGCGAGGAGAGGAGCGAAAUUUGGAAUGCUCGCACCCAUAUUGGUUCAAAUGGAAAGGGAAAUCGAUAGGGAAAUAGCUGCCGAACAACGUCUUGCCAGAGGUGACACAGAAGACGAAUCCUCGUCGGAAGAUGAAGAAGAAUGCAUCGUGCCCUAUGGUCCCAUACCGCAGAUCAUUACAAACGAUCUUAAAAACCUCGACGAAAUGGUUCGAGAUCUCGUGGAAAAAUGUACCUGUCCGACGCAAUUUCCAAUGAUAAGAGUUUCAGAAGGAAAAUACAGGAUCGGCGAUACCAAAGUUCUCAUAUUCGUGAGGAUAUUAAGAAGUCAUGUCAUGGUUCGAGUCGGUGGCGGUUGGGAUACUCUUUCCCAUUACCUUGAUAAGCACGAUCCGUGUCGGUGUAGGUCCGGACACAAAACGGCUUUAUCAUCAAAACUCGUGCUCAAAAAUAAUGGAGCCUUAGAGUUGAAUAACGCUCAAGUUCUUUACGAGAGGUCUCCGCCUCGAACUCGUCGUUCAUCCGCAUCGAGUUCUUCAAGCGGUCACGGAGGACGGGAUUAUAGGGAUUUUUUACCGGGUUAUACAAACGGCGUGAACAGAUCACGUUCUCCGACUCCCAAACGAGAGGGUGGUAAAAAGGGUGGUUUGAAUCCUCAAAAAUACAUUUCUACGAUUUUACUUGAUGGCACCAGACGCGAUACCGUUUCACCGAAACGGGGUAGGAGCGCUUCUCCAGGAGCUGCUCUUCAUCCCAGUUAUAAUUCACCCACAAUGGCUAGUCGUAAUCGAAGUCGUUCUCCAUCUCUUCGAAACGUGGACGAACAAAAGAAAAAAAUUUCAGAGGUUGGAACUCAACAGUGCGACGACGUUAAAUAUUUAACGGCUACACAAUUAACGGAUGCAGAAACCGAACCGAGUAGAAGGGCAAAAAUAACGUUAGAAGCAAAAGACCAUGUAAAUAGCGAGGACAGUAAACACAAUGAUAGCGGUUCAGAAGUUUCAGACGAAGGAUAUCGUAGUUUAGGUUUAAUUGUUACAUCACCGGUCAUGGGCGAAGGAAAGUUGGUUUCGAACGACAUCAAAAGUGGAAAACUUAAAAAUUGCGGAAGUUCUUCGGCAGAAGGCUCAGAUCCUAUAGAGAGCCCUACCUCGGAGAGCAUCAACUCAUCCGCAAAUAACGAACGUCAAAGCGAGGAGGAACCAAAAAAGAAAAUCAACAAAAAACCAUCACCGAUCGCGUCGGCAGACGUAAGUAAAUCACCUUUAAAAACUCAAACAAUAAAAAAGAAACCGACUUCGCGAAUAAGUUCCAGGAGUUCGUCUCCGGGUGGACAAAUCGAGAGUCAAAUACCAUCGAGAAGGUACUCGGCCGUUAACGACGCGAAUUCGUGUCGAAGGAAAUCGAAUAAGGAAAACGAAAUAAGAAAAACGCCGCGAAGUCGGUCCGCGACUCCCGGACGAUAUAAUUCGGUCGAAACUCCCAUACCUCCGCAAAACGCGAAAAGUGCCUCCGAAAACAAAUUCGGUACCUGGAACGGAAAGGGUAAAAAACGACCUGGAAUAAAUUCUGACGGAUACUCGCCAUCGAAUUUCGUACGAAACAGCGUAGGUCGAAGCAGUUUAGGUUCUCACUCAUUACCCGGCGGUGUUAAACGCAUAAUGCAAAAGUCUGGAGAAUCCAAAAAUAAUAUGUCACCCUUACUGGCUGAUUUGCUUAAAACCAAAAAUUUAAACGACGACAAAACGAUAUUAUUAAAAAUGAAAGAAAUAAUAAAUCAGUAUUCUGGAAUAUUCGAAGAAUCAUCAUCAUCAUCGUCAUCCCCGGAUAAAAAAUCAGAUUCGAAUUCAGACGAUUUAGAUUUCACGAGCGAAUGGGUUAAAAAUAACGGUAGCCUUAGGAAAAUGGAAAAUUGUUCUGGAGAUUACAAUGAAAAGUCAUCAUCACCGAACAAGAGAAAAGACGUUAAAUACGACGGAUCUCAAAGCAAAAUACCAGCUCCAGUAUUUUUUAAACAACAACAACAACCACAACACGUUUCAGAAAAGGAAUACUGA